UACAUAACGCAAAAAAUUGCCCUUAAAGGGACGCGCGCCUUUUGCGGUCUCCAUUGUUUCUCCACCCACCGUCAUCAUCUCCCCCUUCACGACCACGACCACACGACUAUGCCGGGCUCCAUUCGCAUCUCGUCCACGAACACGUCCCCCGCGUCGUCGCGAUCGCACUCGCGAUCCUCCUCCGCCGCGCACUCUCUCCACUCGCCUACGUCCCCCGAUCGCACGACGUCAGGGCCCGCGACGACGAACACGCUCGCGGUGACGCGCCUGCCCGCGUCCUUCUUCGACCCGCUCAUUCUCGACAUCCUUCGCGACCACUUCGCGCAGUACGGCCCCAUCAAUCAGUGGGCGCCGCUGUCGGGCUUCGGCCGCAUCCUCGUCGUCUACGAGCGCGACGCGUCUGCAGAGGCCGCGCGCGAGGCGUGUGGGACCAUCGUUGUCGAGCCGACCGACAGUCAUGUUGCAGCUGAACCCAUCAUCCUCAGGGUGUACCGCGCGGACCGCAAUCCCCUUGUCGGCGAGAUGGAGGCGGUGAUGAGGGAAAGGCAGCUGGCGCCGCCGCGGCCGGAGCGCAACUUCCUGAUCAGCCCACCGGGGAGUCCCCCCGUUGGGUGGGAGCAGGCGCAGGAGGAGCCGCCGAACUCGGCGCCUCUGGCGGAGGACCUGAUCCACGCGCUCAAAGCUCUGCAGAUCAAGCAAGAGGAGGCGACGCAGACGCAGCGCGGGGCGGUGACGCUGCUCGAUCCUGCGGAGCAGGGUGGUGCGGGUGUCGGUGUCUUUGUCGAGGACUGCGACGUGCCCUCGGAAGAAGAGGAAGAAUCUCUGAAGGUCGGUUGGGAGCGGAAGGAUCGCGGUGACAUAGAGGAGGACUACAUGUACGGCCAGCUGCCGCCGAAGUGGAAGCCGGUGACCGCGAUGCCGCCGAUGGCUCCGACGUCGAUGCCCCCGAUGAGGGCGUAGAUUUAUGGCUCACAUCCUCCACGACCUGCACCCUUUCCCGCGGACUGACAUCAUCUCUCCUUCGCGCACAAGAUCCAACAUCAGCAUGCUCACGAUCACGAACGUCUUGCACGGGCUAUCAUAUCUUCUCUCGUAUCAUCAUAUCCCCUCUCGUAUCUAUACCUCGGACCUUUGCGCGUGGAUUAUGUCUAAUGGCUAUCGCGGCGAACGCAUCUGUGCUGCACGUCGCCGUCUAUUCACUGCACGUCGCCGUCUACUAUUGCUCUCUAUCGAACUGGACUCACUGUACUAUACUCUCGGCACUCGAACGGAUGUAUCAAUAUCAAUACUGGCUUGGAUCUUUCCUAGGAAUAAUGAAUGGGAACGGGUUCUCUUCGUUAGACGAGGAUUGGUGUGGGUACAUAUGCGACCGGACAGGAUCUGAGGAUGAGGAGCCAGAUAAACUCGAGUGAUCGAGAACUUGGCGUCGAAAUCAGGUCGGUUCAACAGACGUUCGCCGAAUCGAUUUCUGACGAGGCUACGGUACUCGAGCUAUACAUGCGACCCAGUAAUCGCCUGAAGCUAUAUACACAAAGCAUCGCUGUCGCACAUCGCCGUCCCUUCAUCCACUUCCUCCUACCCCUCCGG